AUGUCUGGCCUGCCGUACCUACAGAAAUUGCGUAAGAGCGAUCUUACCGACUUCGCCGAAGCCACCAAGUUGCCAGAUUAUGUUGGUCUGAAAAAGGCCGAACUCGAAGUCGCGUUGGACGAACAUCUGCGCGCGAACUCGACCCGAUACGGCAAAGAACCUGUUCUGGGCGAAUACUACAAGCGCAUCGCCAGUAGCACCCGGUCACCAGUCAAGAAACUCGCACAGAAGGUCUCGGACAUAGUGAAAUCAGAUGAAGAUGCUGCGCCCGUCAAGAAGAGCAGGCGCAAGACGACCUCUCCUACGGAAGACACAACCGACAACGAGUCACCCACUGUUUCCGCCUUGGUCAAGGCUCCUGCAAAAGAGAUCGCACGUCGCUCGUCUAUCUUGACAUCUCAAAUACCCAUGCCGCCGUCGCCAGCGGUGGUGACAGACGCUAUUGAUCAACAAACGCGUCGCAUUCGCAGCUCAAUCGCAGACGCGUAUGAUCGCACUCAGAUCCAUGAAUUUGCCGAUGCCACACGCGAUCUUCUCUCGUCGCCUCUGACCAUCACUGCCCUGGCCAUCCUGCUCGAAGCGUAUGGUUUGCGCGCGCAGAUCUUACCCAACAAGCUGUUGACGGAAAUCCCACCGGUGCCAUACAUCAAGUCAACCAAGACCCCGAUCAAUGUCCCUGAUCUGUUCUUGCUCCUUGAUUCCAAGUUUUGGGCUCCCUUCUCUCUCUGGACGCUUACGUCGUUCAUCCUUCCGGCCUUGAUCUCAUACUUCAUCAAUCUACCACUCAAGGCUCAUCCCAUCCACUCGCACGCGACGCGCCGAGCCACUGCUGAAGCCAGCAGUCAGUUGCAGUUUGAUCCCUUCAUCUUCAGUCUGGCCAAGGGCUUGAUUGCCUACUUGGUGUAUGCCCAACACUUCAACUUCGGUGGCUUGUAUCAACACUUCACUAUCGCCACCAUUAACGAGAGCAUACUGGGUGGAUGGUUUGCCCUUCUCAUCAGCUCUGGUCUUGGUGCGGCUGUUAGCUUGUAUGAAGCUGUGUUGAGAAAAUAG